AUCGCGAGCUUGAUUAACUUUGGCAAAAUGGCGUUGCUAGUAAUGGGCGGUUGAAUGCAUUUCUGCGAUAUACACAGUGACAUAUAUUCGCAUUUUACACCAUACGGAACGUGAGACUCGGAUAUAAUGGCGACGCUUGAUCAAAAAUCACCCAACGUGCUUCUCCAGAGCCUCUGCUGUAGAGUUACGGGGAAAAGCGAAGCUGAAGUUGCCCAACAGUUCCAGUAUGCAGUGCGAGUCAUUGGCAGUAACUACGCUCCCACUAUUGAACGGGAUGAAUUCCUGGUGACGGAGAAGAUCAAGAAGGAAUUGCUGAAGCAGCGACGAGAGGCCGAUGCUGCUCUCUUCUCAGAGCUGCAUAGAAAACUGCAGACACAGGGUGUACUGAAGCAUCGCUGGUCUGUUCUCUACUUGCUACUUAGCCUCAAUGAAGAUCCCCGCAAGCCCUCCGGCAGGGUUGGAAAUUAUGGGGCUCUUUUUGCCCAGGCUCUCCCGAGAGAUGCCCAUUCCACUCCGUUCUACUGCGCCCGGCCCCAGAGUCUGGCCCUUGGCUACGGGGAGAGGAGCAGCGGCUUGUCAGCCAGCAUGGCCACCAGUGGGAUCUCAAGUCUUGGAGUGUACGCACUUAACGGACCCACGCCAACACCGCAGUCACUUUUGGCCGGUCAUCCUCCCCAGUCUGCAGCGGGAGUGGCUCCCCCUCCGGGGUCUCGACUGGCCUGGGCUCUUCCUGCAAGCUCUUCCCCCUCCUCAGCUCUGGGCCCCGCCACCAUUCGGCCACCCCUUGGACCGUCGCAUCCCAACACCAGAGCAGUUCGCCCUCGGCAGGAUGGUGAUGCCGCUGGCGAGGUGAGCGAGGUGGCACUGGUGCGGGACAUCCUCUAUGUAUUCCAGGGGAUCGAUGGCAAGUUCAUCAAGAUGAGCACCCAAGAUAAUUGUUACAGAAUAGACACCAAGGUGAUGGUGAGCAAAUCCCUGAGGGACACCAGCAGUAGACUUUCUGAGCUUGGCUGGCUCCACAAUAAAGUCCGCAAGUACACAGACGCCAGGAGCCUCGACCGGGCUUUUGGACUCGUUGGCCAGAGCUUCUGUGCAUCGCUCCACCAGGAGCUGAAGGAAUACUACAGACUCCUGUCUGUCCUCCACUCUCAGAUGCAGGUAGAGGAUGACCAGGGAGUCAACGUGUGCACAGAGAACAAUCUGACCCUCAGAAGACUCCUGGUCUGGAUGUAUGACCCCAAAGUCCGGCUCAAAACACUUGCCGCCCUCGUCGACUUCUGUCAAGGCCGGAAAGGUGGGGAGCUGGCUUCAGCAGUGCACGCCUAUGGGAAGACGGGAGACCCACAGAUGAGGGCACUGGUGCAACACAUCCUCAGCCUGGUGUCGCACCCCAUCCUCAACUUCUUGUAUCGGUGGAUCUAUGAUGGAGAACUUGAAGACACUUACCAUGAGUUCUUUGUGGCAUCCGAUCCAAAUGUGAAAACCGAUCGCUUGUGGCACGACAAGUAUUCUCUCAGGAAGUCAAUGAUCCCCUCGUUCAUCACCAUGGACCAGGCUCGUAAGGUUCUGCUAAUUGGUAAAUCCAUCAACUUCCUGCACCAGGUUUGUCAUGACAGAACGCCACCAGGCAAAAUCACACCAGCGUCCAAAUCUACAGAUACACCCAAAGAUGCAGCAGAACUCCUGUCAGACCUGGAGGGGGCAUUUCAGGAGAAGAUUGACGCCGCCUACUUUGACACCAGUAAAUACCUGCUGGAUGUCCUCAACCGGAACUACCUGCUGCUGGAGCACCUGCAAGCCAUGAGGAGAUACCUGCUGUUGGGCCAGGGGGACUUUAUCAGACACCUCAUGGAUUUGCUCAAACCAGAGCUGGCGAGACCUGCCACCACUUUGUACCAGCACAACCUGACAGGUAUCUUAGAGACUGCCGUCAGAGCGACCAACGCCCAGUAUGACAACGUGGAGAUCCUCAAGCGGCUGGAUGUGCGAUUGCUGGAGGUGUCUCCUGGCGAUACUGGCUGGGAUGUAUUCAGUCUAGACUACCAUGUUGAUGGACCAAUUGCUACGGUGUUUACUAGGGAAUGUAUGGGCCAUUACCUGCGUGUUUUCAACUUCCUGUGGAGGGCCAAGAGAAUGGAGUACAUAUUAACCGAUAUCUGGAAAGGACAGAUGUGCAACGCCAAGCUGCUCAAAACUAUGCCUGAGUUGUCGGGCGUGCUGCAUCAGUGUCACAUCCUGGCGUCCGAGAUGGUCCACUUCAUCCAUCAGAUGCAGUACUACAUCACCUUUGAGGUGCUGGAGUGUUCCUGGGAUGAAUUAUGGAAUAAAGUCCAGCAAGCACAGGACCUCGAUCACAUUAUUGCUGCGCAUGAAGUCUUCCUCGACACCAUCAUCUCUCGGUGUCUGCUGGACAGUAACAGCAGGUCUCUUCUGAACCAACUGAGGGCCAUCUUUGACCAAAUUAUCGAGUUCCAGAAUGCUCAGGACUCCCUGUACCGCUCUGCGCUGGAGGAACUAGCCCUCCAGUUACAGUUUGAGGAGAAGAAGCAGCAGAACGAGGAGGAGGGUCUGUGGAGGGUGACGGCCGAACAGGAAGCGGAGGAGAAGAAGAGGAUUCGAGAGUUUCAGGAAACUAUACCAAAGAUGUGCUCCCAACUCCGGAUCCUCACACACUUUUACCAGAGUAUUGUCCAGCAGUUCCUGGUGCUGCUGACCACCAGCUCAGAUGAGAGUCUUCGCUUCCUCAGCUUCAGACUUGACUUCAAUGAACACUACAGGGCCAGAGAACCAAGGCUGCGAGCAUCAAUCGGAGGCACACGGGGGCGACGGAUGUCCAACGUCUGACCUCCAGUUACUGGAACAUUUUGUGUGACAUGGCCCACCAGACAACCAGCACGUCAUUCCAAGAUAAUGUCAUGCCUUGGUGGAGCUCUCUUGCGGUGCACUCAACCAUUUGGAUUUAAGUGGAAGCCAACUGAUGACAGCUGAGUGCAAGUCAGCUCCCGGAAUCUCAAACAGCCUUACUGAUGAUGAGAACAUUUCUUAUGCCCCAACACACGUGUCCUGUGUAUAUGUGCAUGUAUGUUACAUGUAUGCCUUAUUGUUUCUCAAUGUAGUUAUUGGAGCGGUUUUGAAGACAAAUGUAUCAAAUCAUUUUUGUUACAGUUGUGCAUUUUGACAAAUCAGGUUGUCGCUGUGGUGACAAGUAGCAGCUUGUUGGUCAGACCUAACAGUGUUGGGUAACACUUCAAUACAUACUGGAGGUACAGGAGUUGCACUAAGACAUUGUCGGGAGUCAUCACGACAGACUCCAAACGCCAAUGCAAUCAGAUGUGCUCGGAUUGAACGUGAAGAGAGGACCUUCUAGUUCCAUUUUGUAUGUGCAAACGUGGAGGGAAAAUAUUGAUGAACUCAUGUUUGUAUGGAAUUUUUAAAAUAUACGUUUAUUCCACAAUGAAUGAAAAGACUACUUUGAGUGUGAGUGUCCUUUGUGGCAAUAUACCCGGUAAGUUAAAGGUCAGCUAAUAAUUAACUUUACCUCGGAUCAGAAAAUUCUCAUGUCAAGUUCUGCUUGAUUGGUUAUCUUAGUUUUUAUUUUAAUGCCUAAACUCUGGUAUUUUAAAACUGAUUGGUGCCACGUGUGAUAAGUGAUGUGGCGCUGAAGUUGGCUGUGCUUUGACUCUGUCCUUUACAUUGCACAUCAUGUAAUGUGACCUGAAAACAGAAUAGAACUGAAGCAACGCACUGUGCGUUCAAUAAAAUAAUGUGUUUUUUU